UCUCGUGUUUGCAGGGCACCAUAUUGAGUGUUUGCGUGUGUUAGAGUGCUUCUGAACUGGUGUAGUCGUCCUGGACACGCUUCCCUGUGGUGCAUGUUAGAUCGCGUAGGAUGUACGCCCUCAUUAAGUACCGCAUAGACAAUACGAAAUCGGUUGUACCUGCGUCACACAUAGAAAACUUCGAGCCCAUUGAUGACCAGGACUUCAACUCGGAUAUAUCAUAUGAUGUGUUUUGGACCGGUGACGAAAGCACGGAAGGUGGCUUUUAUGAAGCUCAGAUUAUCAAGCUCAGUGAGGGUCUCACUGGUAACAGCAGAAAACGGCAAAGGCCCACCGGGAGCAAAACUGCCACCCAUCCCUCAAGUCAUUGCAAGGCUAAGAAGAACAGGGAGAAAGCUAUUCUCCAGGAGGCCAAGCGCCAGAGGCAAAUUGAUAUGAUUGCAGACGUGGAAGAAUCUGAGCGGAUGGUGCCCCACCAGUUGUAUGGAAAUGUCUGCGAUGAGCUGAAACGCACAAAAGAGGAACUGCAGAAAUGCCGUGAGCUGAAUGAUCAGUACCAGCAAGCUCUUCUCGUGAAAGUUCUGAAAGCAGAUUGCCACUGCAAGAGCUCAGCCCCAGUCCAGCAUCAGCUGCAAACAGUUUUUUCUGUUGGUGGUGGGGAUGCUACCGUCCCUUCCUGUACAACUUUUCAGGCUGUGCCUGCGACCCAGUGGCAGCAAUUGGACCUUUUGGACUGCGUGCCUAUCAGUCAGCCACCCACACCUUUGGGGCAGCAGCAGCCGGAGCCCAGAGGUGUGGACGAGGCACUUGGAGACAUGUCGACUCCUGGACUUGGCGUGUGUCCACAGCCAUGCAGCGAGAUGCAGGAACCUGCAGUGUCAUUGCAGGCAGAAGAUCAGACUUUGCCCAGUCCUAAUCAUGACCGGCCAGAGGAAGGUGAAAUGGUUGACAUUGGAAGGAGGGUGAGAAUCCCCAAGGCAAAGUACGAGCGGCUGUACAACCAGAAGGUUGACAGCCGUUUUGUGAAAGAAGCAGCUACCAUUGUGUGGGGUGUGGACGUCCUGAAGACGAGAAGCGUGACAGGCACCCUGUCCAACAAGGCCAAAAAGCUUGGCGAAACAGCUGCAUACCCUGGCUUAAGCCCAGAAAAAGUCUGUGCAUUACGAGAUUUCUUCAUUCUGCGCCUCAGGGAAGGAGAGAGCCCUGUCCCAGAAGAUGAAGCCAUCAAGAGGGCACAAUCAAUUAGAAAAUAUCUAAGUGAAAAGUGCACAGAUUUAAGGAAAAAAUAUAUUUCAAUGUGGUUCGUAUUACAUGUGGUAGCAUUCCUCUUAGGGAACAGUCAAGGCCAUUUUGGUGGUGGUAGCCAGACCAGUACCACAGAGAACUCCCCUCACCCUGAGGGGUUUCAAGCACCCCUCAGCCUGAAGGGUCCUGUUAGCCUGAGAGGUCCUGUUAGCCUGAGAGGUCCUGUCAGCCUGAGAGGUCCUAGUCGGGUGAAGAGGCUGGAAAGCUCUUCGGGGGUGCCUUCACCUCCAGGCUCCAGGCCAAAACACAAGUUUGAAGGUCACUCGACAACUGCCAUUGAGGCCUCCAAACGCCCGGCACAAGGGGCCAACGCAACAGCACCCACCAAGAGGCCUCACAGUACGGCAGGAGACAGAGGCAAGCCUCAACGGCGACCCCUGGAUCAUCGGACCGGACCCCUGGAUCGGGGUUAUAUCCUCGAUCUUCUGAAGACUCCUUUUCAAUCCAGUCAACCUCGCCCCCCUACACUUUCAACAGCUCAGAGAGCCCUUGUCAACCUGGAAAUCAGUUCCUUGCUCGCCAAGGGAGCCAUCACUCGUACCAAACCGUCCAUGUCACAAUUCAUCUCCUCCCUGUUCCUAGUACCCAAAAAGGACGGAGGUUUCAGGCCCGUCCUCAACCUUCGGCCCCUAAAUGUGUUCCUCCGUUCCGAACACUUCAAAAUGGAAGGGUGGCACACAGUGCGAUCCUUGAUUCUCGACAAGGAAUUUCUGACACGCAUAGACCUACAGGAGGCAUGUCUCUCGGUUCCCAUUCAUCCAGAGCACAGGGAUUUUCUCUGCUUCGAAUGA